GGAAGAGGCACAUGUGGGGAUUCCCAAUGGACAACAGCACAAGAGACUUCAAGGAAGGCCUCCAAAUUGGAUGAAGAGGAGAUGGAGGACUUUGUAUUGCUUUGAGGCAGUGUGGGACAGUUUCCUGCACAACUCCCUCCUGCUCAACCGCAUCACUCCCUAUGGAGAGAAGAUCUACAUGACCUUAUCUGCGUAUCUGGAGCUGGACCAUUGCAUCCAGCCUGCCAUUAUCACCAAAGACAUCUGCACGGUCUUUUACUCCCGAGACGCCAAGGUUUCCCCCACCCCGUUCUCUCAAGAACUCUUUGGGACUGGAUACUCCAAACCUCCUGACUGGACCCCUGAGAACAGCUCACGUGCCUCCAGUCCCUCCUGCUCAGACUAUGAAAACUUCCCAAUGGUUCCCACUCUGGAGACCUCCUACCUUGCGCGGGCUGCAAAGAACAAGUUCCUCAACUUGGUGCCUGAUAUUGAAGAAAUGCGACCAGGGUGAGUAAUGCCAUAUUAACCCAAAUACUGUCACUAUGACAUGUGUCUCACAGACCAAAUGUAAGUCGAUACUCAUGUUCUCUAGUUCAAGCAGAAAUGAUGUGAAUGUGUGAAUCUCUGAAGUGAAGUGUGUUCAGCAGCACCACAGGGAACCAUGUGUUCAUUUUUCUAUUCUUAUUCUGGAAUCAAAACCUCAUCUAACUCUCAUUGUGUUCAUUUUUUUUAUUUUAUUUUAACAUUGUUAUUUUUUUUUCUUAUGCUUUUAAUCAUUCCACCAUGAAGGUUUCUAUGAAAUGUAACAGAGGGCAUUUAUUUCUUAAUUUUUUUAACCUUAUUUUGCACAUUAACACAUAUCUAUAGCAAGGACAGAGACACAGUCACAUAUGUUGAGUCCAGGAUUGUAUUUGAGCAUCAGGAACAAAUAAUAAGAGCACAUAUCAGGAGUACACUGGAUAGCUGUUUCUCAAAGGGUUUAAUAGAAGGAAAGAAGUUAAAGGGACUACAUAUUCAAAGGUCUUAUUUCUGAUACUACCCCAUGAAAAUAUUUGCUCUGUGUGCCGUGCUGCAGCUGCUACAUUC